AUGUGGCUAAAUUUGUUUCUCUCAGGUGAAAAGAAUAUGGCUCCUGAGAAUCUGUCAAUGGGAAUUUUGUUCUUUUUUCAGACAGCUGUGGGGAUCUUUGGUAAUUGGUCGAUUCUUCUUCCUCAUGUUGCAUCUGUAUUCACUGGAAAAAGUCUGAUGCCCAAAGACCAGAUUUUGAGGCACCUGACUUUAGCCAAUUCCUUGGUUAUCAUCUCAAGAGUAAUUCCUCAAAUAAUGGCACAGUUGGGCUUGCAAUAUCUCCUGGAUGACCUGUUAUGUAAACUUACUCUCUACAGUAACCGGGUGUCCCGGGGCAUUUCCCUGCACUGCACCUGCCUCUUGAGCUGUUUCCAAGCAAUCACAAUCAGCCCCAGCAACUCCAGGUGGAUGAAGCUGAAACAUUCAGUCUCCAAGUACAUGGUUCAGUCCUGCUCACUCAGCUGGCUUGUUCAUCUGCUUUUAAACAGCAAAACAGCUGUAGAUGUGAUUGGAUCUGGUACUAACAAAAACUUCACCAAGAAAAUCAAGUUGGGGUACUGCUCAGCAUUUGUUUUUCACAAUUCUGUACCUGGGCUACAUCUGUCCUUGCUGUGUUUCACUGAUGGUCUAUGUUUGGGUCUCAUGGUCUGGGCCAGUGUCUUCAUGGUGAGUACCCUCUAUAGGCACAAGAGUCAGCUACAGCACAUCCACAGUGCCCAGUAUUCCCUCAGAGUCUCCCCUGAAGACAAAGCCACAAAAACCAUCUUGAUCCUUGUGUGCACCUUUGUCCUCUCCUACUCAAUGUCCUUCAUAUUAGUUAUCUAUUCUGUGGUGUUUGACAAUCCAAGGCUGUGGAUAAUCAGCAUAUUUACAUUACUAGACACAUGCUUCCCCACAUUUUGCCCCUUCAUACUCAUCCAUAAUAACAAAUCUGUCCUCAAGAAUCAUUUUCCCUGCUGUAGGAGAAGGUAA